UGGAAACAGCUUUCCACUAGAACGAUCAAUUCUACUCUCACAUACUGCAAGAGAUCAAGUUGAAUCCAAGCUAAUCGAGAUGAAGCUCACUCUGCUUUCACUGCUCGUUUUUGGCCUUGUUGCCUUUACUUUUGCUGCUCCCGUGAUGGAGGAGGAAGAGGACGAAGAUCAGGCUCCAAAAUCUGCCUUCGUAGAAGGUCCAGAUAAACCGACAAAUGAAGUCGUCAAAAUCGAGAACAAUGAUGAUGGUGAAGAUACUCAUCCAUUGAGUGACGAACCAGAAAAUGAGGAGGACUAUGUUGACAAUGAUCCAGCCAAAAAAGCACCGAAAAAAAACGCUAAAAAACUGGGGAAAGCGCGACGUCCAGGUUGCUAUUUGAUCUGCAGGACGGUUUGCCGCAGGGGAACCUGUUACCGUUGCUAUAGAAGAGGCUAUCAGUACAAAUGCUACUUUUAUGGCUGCUACAGAUGCCAUCGCUCUUGCGUUAGAACCUGYAUCGGAUAAGAAGAAUAUGGACAAGACAAAGCACAGAGUUUAAAUGAAUUACUAAAUCUGUAKUGACAUUAUAACUUAUAUAGGGCUGCGAAAUGAUAUCAUCUACGUAAAAAAGAGUCCAAAAAUAAAGCAUUUGAAAAUAAA